AUGCCACCUGCGCGCAGUAAUGCUAGGCGCACUACGGCGCAAGCUGACGACUACCGCGAAUUCGGUGUUGUUGGUCGAAAAACUGGUGUUGGACUUCCUGAUACAGGCGAACGCGACGAACACGGCCUGGCCCCUGUAGAAGGUCUCUUCUCCUCUCCCGAGAAGGACAGUGGCACGCCCAGCGACGAUGGCGAGCAGGAGAUGGAUCUCGAGUCUGAGGCAGGACCCGGACCCCUCUCGAUGAUGAAGGGCAUUCCGCGAUUGCUCCCGCGCGGCACAUCACCUAGGAAGUCAAACAUUCAGUCGCCAGCCAUGCGUAACCCACAUAUGGGCCGCUCAUCUUCGCCAGUUCGAGGUUCCAUUAUCGACUCGGAUCCGCCCGUAAGCUCUACAGUGGCGCGGAAGCUCGACUACGGUGGUUCGCAACAUAGCGCCCGCCGCACCAACGGCGUCAACGGGAGACAGGACAGCGCGGAUGAGGAAGAGGCGGAAGAAGCGGCGUCGAGUCCAAGGAUCGACUCCCCACUCUUGAACGGAGGGGACGAUUCGCUCGCCAUGGUUGGAGGAGACGACGUGCACGAAGAUGAGCCUGAAGAGGAGGCACAAGAGGAAGCCGAGUCAACGGGCCCCUCGCCCACGCCAGCGCCGCCCAAACGACGAGGCCGUCCACCCAGAUCAAUCGCAAAGGCGAAGGUAGUGGAACCAGUCAAGGCCAAAUCAACUGCGCCAUCGAAAGGCAAGGCGCGCCAAGAACAUAGAGCGAUCGAGCUGCCUGCCAUAGAGGGUGCCACAGAUGAGUCGGAAGAUGAUGAGCCGAUCGUACGCGGCAAGGCGGCGCAGAACAAGGCGGCACAGACCAAGGCGAAGCAGAAGCAGAAGGAGACCGAACCCAGCUCAUCACAGACCUCCAAACGACGACGAUCCGCGAGGGGUUCUUUGAUAGGCGACGUCACGGAUCUCGUCGAAUCGGCCCCUGAGCAUGAACCAGCGGACGCGCCUUCGCCGAAACGCCAGCGUACAGAAGCCAAACCAGGCCGACCCGCAGGGCGACCUCCAAAGAACAAGAACAAAACCAAGGAGCCCGAACCGGCAAAGAAGACGGCAGCGCCGAAGGCAGGCAGGCCCCCAAAAGAUGACGCGCUAGAAGCGCCAAGCGCAGCUAAGAAGCGCGGAAGACCACGCAAAUCGGACGUCGGCGAGGAUUCCAUCAUGGGACGCGUCCAAAAGGGCCCACCGCUGCCUAAAGCUCGUGGCCUUGUAUCCCUCAAGCGCGAAGCCAACGACGCAAUCCACCUGACGCGAUCUGGCCGUCAGUCCUACCGCCCUCUGGCCUACUGGCGCAACGAGCACGUUGUGCAAGACGAGGAGGAGGCGUGGGAUGAUGCGCUCGGCACGAAACGCCAACACUCACGAUUCGUCCUCCCGAGCGUCAAGGAGGUGGUACGGGUGGAAGAGGAGGAAGCCGCCCCGAAACGCAAACCCGGACGCACAGGCAAGAAGGGCAGACCGUCCAAGGCGAAGCGUCAGGUCGACGAGGAGGAGGAAGAUCCAGAACCAUGGGAGCUGGAAAAUGGCCGCGUCGAGGGCGAGACUGUCGUCUGGGACCCCGACUACGAACUCAACCCGCCGGCGCCGGAUGAAGCGGUCGCCUUUGAGCAAAACGAGCUCGCCAUCGCGUCGAGCGCCAUCCAGACGCGCGAGAUUCGCGACGCGACGUUCCGGUUCGCCAAGCUGCUCAGCCUGCAAUUCUUCGGCGCCGGCGUCGUGGACCUGCCGCCGGGCACGGAGAAGAAGCCGAAGAAUUCACGGAAGAACCAAAUGACGUUUUUCGUGCACUACGGCAAGGUGCUAGUGACGGUCAACGAGACGCAGUUCAGGAUCAGCGCGGGCGGAUUCUGGAACGUGCCACGAGGCAACUACUACAACAUUUUGAACGAUUACGACCAGCCAGCCCGCCUGUUCUUUGCGCAGGGCAACGAAGUUAUGGUCACGGAGCCGGAGCCCAGAGCGAACCGGGCCGACGAGUCGUCCUAUGCUGUCUAG